AUGGAGGCGAAGCAGGCCUACCAGCAGCUGUUGGAGGAGCGGCAGGGCCGCGGCAGCAGCACCAGCCGCCGCUCCGCUGCAGAUGGCGGCAGGAGGGGCCAACAAGCUGGCGCAGGCGGCGGCACUGCAUAUGGGCAGUCGUCCCAGCCGCAGCAGCCCAGAGUGUCGCCUGAGUCCUACAGCUUUGGCGACCUGGUGCGGGACCUGGACAGGGAGCUCUCAGGCUAUGCACAGCGGCGGCAGCAGGCACGCGCAAGUGGAGGGGCCACAUCAGCCGCGGCGCCCAAGUCGCUGUGGGAGGAGCUGUACGACAUUGGCGAGGAGUUUGUGGACUUCCUAGAGCAGGGGUUGGGCGUGUCGGAUGAUGAGGCGUCUGCGUACGGCGCCUUGAAGAAGACGUACGGAGAUCUUAGCGGCCGCAGCACUGACGCCACGAGCACCAGCGGCGCUACCACCGCGUCAAGCAGCAGGACGCCUCGGGUGUCCGUCCCUGGCGGCAGCAGAGGUGGGGAAGGGGCAGCGAAGGGCGAGCCACAGGCGGAACGCAAACCCACCACUGCCGAGUAUGUGGCAGAGGAGUUGGCAGCGCUGAAGCGGAAGAUGGGCAAGCAGUAG